UUUGGCUAUUUGUUUGCGAAAUUUGAUUCAAUUAGAUUUGGCGAACUUUUACCCUUAAGCCUUCACCCUAAAUCUGCGAUUGUUUUACCUCAACCCUAAUUCCAGCUAAUAUGGCCGGCGAUUCGAUUGAAGCGACGCGCCGCAAGCACCACCGAUCCUCCGCCGACGACGCGGAGGAGCUAUCGAAGCGCCGCAAACAUCGCCAUCACCACCGGCAUCGCCAUCACCACCGCCACCGGAGCAGCAAAGAGAAGGAAGAAACGACGGAGCUGGAAUCAUUGGAAGGUGAUAGAAUCGAUGAGGCUGAGGUUGAAGAAAUCAAAUUAGAAAGUACUGCGGAGGACGGUGGAGCUUCUUUCGUGAAGCAUAAAUCUGAUCUCGACGGAUUGGAUUAUGAGAUGGAGGAAGGAGAGAUAGUGGAGGAUGAUGGUUUAGCUGAUUUGGUUAACAAGGAUUCUGAUAAGUUGCAGAAGAAUUCUCAAUCGGAUGCUGAGUUUGGGGGAAUUAAGAAGAAUUCUCAAUCGGAUGCUGAAUUUGAGGGAAAUAAGAAGAAUUCGCAAUCGGAUGUUGAAUUUGGGGAAAUUAAGACGAACGGAUGUGUUGAUUUUGACAUGGGAGUUAAUGAAGAUAGUCCGGAAAGAGUUGAUAAAAGAUUUCAGAAACUGGGGAAGGACAAAACAGAUAGCAAAGAAAGUGGUGAGAUAGAUCAGGAGAGAAUAUCUAAUUCCGUUGGUCUUGCAAAUGGGGGUGAUGAACAUAAAUAUCAGGAAGUGGAUAGUACACAUCUCUCCCGUGAUGAUAAGAAAACUCGAAAUUCUGUUGAUGAAGUUGACCGAAGAAGUUUUAGGAAAUCUUCAUCUUCCGAGAAAGAGAGAUCAUAUAGUAACCUAUUGAGGUCACCUGAUUUGUCUAGGGGAAGGUCCCGGUCCCGAAGUAUUGUACGUGAAGCUUCCGUGGAGGACCCCUAUCGUAGGGAGAAGAAACGUCGGAGUGGAUCUAAUGAUGAACGGACUGCUAGAGAUGCCAAAGCAUACAGACACAGCAGUAGGGACAUCAGUGACAAAGAACGGGAGCGUAGUUCUAGCAGCAGAUAUACGGAGAGAGUAGAAAGACACUAUAGCAGGGAGGCUCGGGACACACACAGGGAGGGCAGCAGGGAGAGGGAUAGAGAUAGAAUUAGAGACAACGAAAGGAAGGAAGAGGAUAUUGGAAGGGAAAGAGAAAGAAGCAGGCUUCAAGAUAGAUAUCUAGGAGAGAGGGAGCAAGAUAUGCGGGAGAAUGAUAGAGACUGGGAAAGGGAGAGAGGCAGAGAUAGGGAGAGGGAGAGAGUAAGAGACAGGGAAAGGGAGAGAGACAGGGAGAGAGAGAGAGACAGAGACAGGGAGAGGGAUCGAGUAAGAGAAGACCAGAUCAGGGAUCGGGAGAGAGAUCGACAAGGGGUUAGAGAUAGCAGAAGAGCUAGAAGCAGGGAUAAUGAUAUCGAUAGAUUAAGCAGACGCCAGAAAUAUGACAAGUGUGAAAAUGCUGUUAGAGAUAGGGUUAAUGAAUCCAGGCACAGAAGAAACUAUGAAGAUUACCAUACAGAGAACACUAGGAGAAGUGAUUUUGAAAAUGAGAGGUCUAAAGAUAAACUGGGUAAUGAGAAGUUGGAGAGAGAAGAUGAUAGACAAGAGGACUAUCAAGAAAAGAUCGCAGUGCAACUUGCUGAGCAGGAAGAGGAUGAUCUUGAUAAAAUCAAGGAGGAAAGUAGGAGGCGAAGGCAAGCUAUCCUUGAAAAGUACAAGAACAAACAGCAAAAACCCGAAACCCGUUUACAAGUGGAUACAGAGGGAGAAUCUUCAGCACAAGUGAUAUCUGCUGAAGUUCUACCGGAAAACUCUGACAAUCAGGCUGAAGGAGCAGAUGAUUAUGUUCUUGAACCAUCCUUUGUGGUGGGGAAAUCGCCUUCGCAAAAUGGUCUUUCAACUGUUGAAAUGGCCACUGGAACUGGUGGGCUAGGAGAGGGUACCCCCAAGAGCGAGAGAUCCAAUGAUAUGUUCUGUGAUGAUAUUUUUGGAGAAUCACCUGCUGGAGUUCGUAAAACGGGUAAAGGGGAUGGUGUAGCUGCUGAAAAGAGUGGACUUAAUGACAAUUGGGAUGACGCUGAAGGUUACUAUGGCCACCGUUUUGGGGAAGUACUUGAUGGCCGUUAUGAGAUAAUAGCUGCCCACGGAAAAGGUGUAUUUUCAACUGUUGUUCGAGCAAAGGAUCUAAAGGCAAAAUCUGAUGAUGCUGAAGAAGUAGCAAUCAAAAUCAUACGUAACAAUGAAACAAUGUAUAAGGCAGGUAUGGAAGAGUUGGUCAUUCUAAAGAAGUUAGUCGGUGCUGACCCUGAGAAAAAGCGCCACUGUGUUCGUUUUCUUUCUACCUUCAAGUACAGGAACCAUCUAUGCUUAGUUUUUGAAUCUCUUCAUAUGAAUUUACGUGAAGUUCUGAAGAAAUUUGGUCGUAAUAUUGGUCUGAAGCUUACAGCUGUGGGGGCAUAUGCUAAGCAACUAUUCAUAGCAUUGAAACACCUGAAAAAUUGUGGUGUUCUUCAUUGUGAUAUCAAACCAGAUAAUAUGCUGGUGAAUGAUGCAAAAAAUGUGUUGAAGCUUUGCGACUUCGGUAAUGCCAUGUUUGCUGGUAAAAAUGAAAUCACACCAUAUCUUGUUAGCCGUUUUUAUCGUGCCCCUGAGAUAAUUCUAGGACUAUCAUAUGAUCAUCCUAUGGAUAUUUGGUCAGUCGGUUGCUGUUUGUUUGAGCUUUACACCGGGAAGGUCCUAUUUCCUGGUGCUACUAACAAUGACAUGCUUCGUCUUCACAUGGAACUGAAAGGUCCUUUCCCGAAAAAGAUGCUGCGUAAGGGAGCAUUUACUGAUCAGCACUUUGACCAGGAUCUAAAUUUUCUUGCAACAGAUGAGGAUCCAGUCUCCAAAAAGCCAAUAAGGAGGUUGAUUGUGAAUAUCAAGCCAAAAGACUUUAGCACAUUAAUUUCAGGAUCUCCGGGCGAGGAUCCAAAAAUGGUUGCUAAUUUUAGAGAUCUUAUGGAAAAGAUAUUUGUCUUGGAUCCAGAUAAGAGGAUGAAUGUAUCACAGGCCUUGGGCCAUCCUUUCAUCACGGGCAAGUGAACCAUGAUGAUGAUUUCUGACUACAGAACUGCUGUUGCAUUAGAUACUCAUGCAUUUGGUCUCGUCUCAAUACUGAAUUAUCUAAUUGGACAUUUAUCUGUCUUUGUCUUCUGUCUGGGAGCGAGAGUUCAGGGGACAUUGAAUUGGGCAUGGUUGGAGUUCUUUGAGAUGAUCUUGGGGAAGGCAGUUAUGGAGUUCUAUCCAUGGAUUGUUUUCUGUUUCUAUUGACCCUUCAUAUGCUAUGAGGAAACUGUUCAAUGGUUUAGAUGAUUAAAGGCAUUCUGGAGAAGGACUGUAUGCCCUGAAGAUGUUUGGAUGCUGCUCUGGAGCAUGAAAUAACUCUUGUUGAGCAUCCCUUCAAACUGGUUAUGGCUGGGCUAUUUCUGAUGUGGCAGGAGGAUUUUUAGUAUUGAUGAUGUGGCAGGAGGAGUUUGUGGUUAGGCUAUGGCUGGGCUAUAACCACUGUGGAUGCUCUUAUGCCAUGCCCUGCCUCGCCUCGUGUCAUCGAAGGACUGCAAGCCGACACCACGAUCCUCAUCUGUAUUUGAGACCAAGUCCCUCCGUUUGAAAUAAGAAUUGAAUGUAGUUGAAAUAACUGGACCAAAACGUAAACUAAUCCAGCUAAAGAAUACCUCAAGUAUAUUAAGGUAUUGAAGAAGUUGGCGACGAUUUCUGGUAUUGAAAAAAUUAAACAAACUAUUUGAAUGAUUAUUACAUAGUACUAGAGAAAUUAUUUUGAUCGAACACAUUUAAUUUUAACGAAUUGUUUUCGAAAAUGCUAAA